UAGAUUAGUGACUAUCAUCUCUUAGUCGAAGUAUAUUCCCAGCCCCAUUAAUUGUGAGAGAAACAACAAAGAACGAUGCUAACUGUCUUUGUUGUGGCACUUUGUAGUUCAGUUGUGGUCUGUGUACCUCGGAAUGGUUCGGAACAGUCCAAAAUGGCUCGCAUCGUUGGAGGUUCAAAUCAUGGUCGACUUGAAAUUUAUCAUAAUAGACUAUGGGGAACGGUUUGCGAUGAUAGUUUUGAUUUACAAGAUGCACACGCAGCAUGUAGAAUGAUUGGAUUCAGUUCUGCAGAAAGUUUUUAUACAGCUGGAUACGGUAUUGGUCAAAUAUGGCUUGAUGAUAUGGCUUGCUAUGGACAUGAACACUCAUUGACAGACUGUGGGAUUAAUUGUGUGGAAGCUCGCAUUGUUGGAGGUUCAAACAGUGGUCGACUUGAAAUUUAUUAUAAUGGACUAUGGGGAACGGUUUGUAAUGACAGUUUUGACUUAAAUGAUGCACAUGUAGCAUGCAGGAUGAUCGGAUUCAGUUCAGCAGAAAGUUACUAUACAGCUGGAGAUGGAAGUGGUCAAAUAUGGCUUGAUGAUAUGGCCUGCUAUGGACAUGAACUCUCAUUGACAGAAUGUGCGCAUAAGUCAUGGGGGCAACAUAAUUGUGGUCAUGGAGAAGACGUAGGAGUUUAUUGUGUUGAAGCUCGCUUUGUUGGAGAAUCCAAUAAUGGUCGACUUGAAAUUUAUCAUAAUGGACUAUGGGGGACGGUUUGCGAUGACACGUUUGAUAUAAAUGAUGCACAUGUAGCGUGCAGGAUGAUUGGUUUCAGUUCUGCAGAAAGCUUUUAUACAGCUGGAGGUGGAAGUGGACACAUUUUGCUUGAUGAUAUGGAGUGCUAUGGACAUGAGUAUUCUUUAACGACCUGUACUCAUGCAGCAUGGGGGCAACAUAAUUGUGAUCAUGAAGAAGACGUCGGAGUUUAUUGUGUGGAAGCUCGCAUCGUUGGAGGUUCUCAUAAUGGUAGACUUGAAAUUUAUUACAAUGGACAAUGGGGGACGGUUUGCGAUGACCAUUUUGAUUUAAAUGAUGCACAUGUAGCAUGUAGGAUGAUUGGAUUCAGUUCAGCAGAAAGAUUUUACACGAUUGGAGAUGGGGAUGGUCAAAUAUGGCUUGAUGAUAUGGGUUGCAAUGGACAUGAGUACUCGUUGACGGACUGUACUCAUACAUUAUGGGCAGAUCAUAACUGUUAUCAUGGAGAAGACGUCGGGGUUUAUUGUGUUAAAGCUCGUCUUGUUGGUGAUUUACGAAGAGGCCGACUAGAAGUGUACUACGAUGGAGAAUGGGGAACAGUGUGUGAUGACAGUUUUGAUUUAAACGAUGCACAAGUAGUAUGCACAAUGAUGGGGUUCGAAUCAGCAGUAGCGUCUUAUACGGCGGGCGAUGGUGAUGGACGAAUAUGGCUGGAUGAUAUGGCAUGCAUUGGGGAUGAGAUUUCAAUGACAGAAUGUGAGCAUGCUGAAUGGGGUACUAACAACUGCGGUCAUGUGGAAGAUGUCGGCAUCGAAUGCAAAUAGAAUAAAGUGUAUCGUACCACUAAUAAAAGUCAGCACUUAUUAUAAAUAGUGUGAUGUGCACUCAAGCUGUGCAUGUAUCUGACAUUAACUCAACCUUUUUUAUGUUUAUACUCGUUAUGCUUUAAUUUUUAUCUUUGCAAAAUCGUGUGAUAUAAAAUCAAUUGUUUAUUUUAAGAUAACAUAUGUACACCUUUUUAGCCCACCUGAUCCAAAGGGCAAAGUUAGCUUUCCUCGUCAAUUGACUUCCGUCGUCGUCGUUAACUUUUACAAACUUCUUCUCCUCUGAAACUUAAGGGCCAAAUUUAAUUAAACUUGACCAAUAUUAUCAUUGGGAUAUCUACUUGAAAAAACGUGUCCGAUGACCCCUUUUGCCCAACAACAUGCCGACAUGGCUAAAAAUAAAAGAGGUAAAAAAACUGUCUAUUAUCUUGAAACCGCUGAAAAAAAAAGUUAACGACACUUAAUUGUUUGAUAGUUUAAUCUUUAAAUGUUUUUGUUGUAUAUUUAAUGAUAUAUAGUAAAAUAUUUUUAGAACAAAAUAGCGUUUUUGCAACAUGUCCGAAUGGAAUGCUCAUACCUAAGUGAAUGACACAGGCUCUUUCACAUAUCUAGUUUUAUAUUAUCGUUACUUAGUAUAUGUUUAAUCACAAAUUAAUUAAAACAUAUUUGUAAUUGUG